AUGCCUCGCCCUAUCUGGGAAGGAGAGGUUGCUAGCACAUCACUUCCAUCAGGCAUCUUCAGCAUGCCUGUCCCUAUCUGCAAAGGAGAGAUUAGUUACGGGUCUGUUCGAAGAAGAUCUCCUGAUGGACAUAUAUCCAUAUCUGGGAAGGAGAGGUUACCAGCACGUCACUUCCAUCAGGCAUCUUCAGCAUGCCUGUCCCUAUCUGCAAAAGAGAGAUUACUAACGGGUCCCUUCCCCCAGACAUUUUUAGGAAAUCUCCCCCUUCAUAGAGAAGAACGGUUACAAUCACCUCUCAAUCAGGAGUCAACAACAUGCCUGUCGCUAUCUUGGAAGGAGAGGUUACUAGCACAUCACUUCCAUCAGGCAUCUUCAGCAUGCCUGUCCCUAUCUGCAAAAGAGAGAUUACUAACGGGUCCCUUCCCCCAGAAAUUUUUAGGAAAUCUCCCCCUUCAUAGAGAAGAACGGUUACAAUCACCUCUCAAUCAGGAGUCAACAACAUGCCUGUCGCUAUCUUGGAAGGAGAGGUUACCAGCACGUCACUUCCAUCAGGCAUCUUCAACAUGCCUGUCCCUAUCUGCAAAAGAGAGAUUACUAACGGGUCCCUUCCCCCAGAAAUUUUUAGGAAAUCUCCCCCUUCAUAGAGAAGAACGGUUACAAUCACCUCUCAAUCAGGAGUCAACAACAUGCCUGUCGCUAUCUUGGAAGGAGAGGUUACCAGCACGUCACUUCCAUCAGGCAUCUUCAGCAUGCCUGUCCCUAUCUGCAAAAGAGAGAUUACUAACGGGUCCCUUCCCCCAGACAUUUUUAGGAUAUCUCCCCCUUCAUAGAGAAGAACGGUUACAAUCACCUCUCAAUCAGGAGUCAACAACAUGCCUGUCGCUAUCUUGGAAGGAGAGGUUACUAGCACGUCACUUCCAUCAGGCAUCUUCAGCAUGCCUGUCCCUAUCUGCCAAGGAGAGAUUACUAGUAGGUCACUUCCCCCAGACUUCUUUAGGAUGCCUCCCCCUUUAUAGAGAAGAACGGUUACAAUCACCUCACUCAUUCAGGAGUCCACAAUAUGCCUCGCCCUAUCUGUAAAGGAGAGGUUACCAGCAAAGGAGAGAUUAUUAGUGGGUCACUUCCCCUAGGCAUCUUUAGGAUGCCUCUCCCUUUAUAGAGAAGAACGGUUACAAUCACCUCACUCAAUCACGAGUCAACAUGCCUUUUGCUAUCUUGGAAGGAGAGGUUACAAGCACGUCACUUCCAUCAGGCAUCUUCAGCAUGCCUGUCCCUAUCUGCCAAGGAGAGAUUACUAGUAGGUAACUUCCCCCAGACUUCUUUAGGAUGCCUCCCCCUUUAUAUUAAGAACGAUUAAAAUCACCUCAUUCAAUCAGGAGUCAGCAAUAUGCCUCGCCCUAUCUGGGAAGGAGAGGUUGCUAGCACAUCACUUCCAUCAGGCAUCUUCAGCAUGCCUGUCCCUCUCUGCAAAGGAGAGAUUAGUUACGGGUCUGUUCGAAGAAGAUCUCCUGAUGGACAUGUACAGUUCCUAUUAAUUAUAUGUGUCACAUCUCUAGCUUUAGUCUCCAGGUCAAUUGUGGUGCUGUAACAAAUAACGGUCACCCAUUUUGAGACAGUCACAAUCAGUAGAAGUGGUAGUAUUGUAGAAAUUAUGGUGUCCUGGCAUUACCAGAGUUGUGAUUGUCGAUGGUUCCAGCUCAUUUCUUUUUCCAUGAAUCUUUCAUCGCUAUUGGCCCUAGUACUGGGUCACUUCCCCCAGACAUCUUUAGGAUGCCUUCUCCUUUAUAGGAAGCAAAGGUUUCAAUCACCUCACUCAAUCAGGAGUCAACAAUAUGCCUCGCCCUAUCUGGGAAGGAGAGGUUACAAGCACAUCACUUCCAUCAGGCAUCUUCAGCAUGCCUCUCCCUAUCCUUAGCUUUCGGAACUACUCUGCAAUGUUCCCCAGAUCCACUUUCAGCAUAUCUUCUGAUUGAAGAAGAUCUGUUGAUGGACAUGGUCAGUUCCUACUCAUUAUAUGUGCCAUAUCUCUAUCUUUAGUUUCUAAGUCAGAUGUGGUACGUCAUAAUUAACUGUCAAAUAUUCUGAGACAGUCGCAAUCAGUAGAAGUGGUAGUAUUGUAGAGAUUAUGGUGUCCUGGCAUUACCAGAGUUGUGAUUGUCGAUGGUUCCAGCUCAUUUCUUUUUCCAUGAAUCUUUCAUCGCUAUUGGCCCUAUUCAGGUUCUUGGCUGUAUGCCUACAGCACAUGUAUGUUUCUCACUCAUUAUGACUGUAAAUGUCCAUUUCCCUGGCAAGACUUUCUUGUUAUGUUUGCUAUUCUCACCUCAAGAAGGCAAAUCCUUCCAGUUCUGACCAGAUUGACAAGCACAUUGCCAAACUCACUACAAGCCAAUAUUUGGUAUUUCAUAGCACAAUCUGAGCAACCUUAGUUUAAUUCCUAAUGUUAUCCUUACUCAGAUACUCACCAUUAUCCUUUAAUCCCACACUAUAUAUGGUAAGACUAUUUAGAUAUCCAUAUCUGGGAAGGAGAGGUUACCAGCACGUCACUUCCAUCAGGCAUCUUCAGCAUGCCUGUCCCUAUCUGCAAAAGAGAGA